UGCUAACUUCACGCACAUACAAACUCGAUAUUUGUUUACAUGUGAAAUGUGUUAUGUCUGGUAUGUGAUUUGGUGUCAGUGAAAUGUUUACGAUUUGCAUGUAUUAAAGUACCGGUGUUUUUAUUUUUUAAUUUAGGACAAAAUAUCCUAGGUCUUCCUUGAUUACGGAUAAUCCACACAUCUUAAAACGCAUUACCUCAAAGUAUAAUAAACUAACUAAAGAAGACUCAAUUAAGAUAGAUAUUUUAUAAAAUUUCAAUAAUAAUGGAGAUGGAGAAGCCAAUCAGUCACAUCGAUGUAACAGACGAAAUACCUGAAGAACUAACUGGUCUGACACAAGAAACUAAUAGCACAUAUAGAAACACGGACAACGAGAUGAUCUGUGGCUUAGGACCAUGUGCCCCAAACUGGCUACAAAAAUUUGCCUCCAAACAGUCAUUUCUAGUGGUUUUUUGUAUAACUUGGGUGCUUCAAGGGAUGUACCACACUUACUUCGUGAGUGCCAUAACAACAAUAGAAAAACUAUUUCAAAUCCAGUCAAAGAUAACGGGUAUUAUAAUGAGUGCCACAGAAAUCGGACAAAUAGGAUCAUCUUUGCUGUUAACUUACUACGGAGGACAGGGCCACAGACCAAAAUGGAUUGCGUGGGGUAUGGUUUUGUUCGCAGUUUCCUCAUUCACAUGUUCCUUACCACAUUUUAUUUACGGUAGGCAUCUUAUAAAUGCUAACGAACUGACAGGUAUCGUAAAAGACCCCAACAUAUGCAAGGCAAAAUCCACACCAUCCACACCAUUCCUAGAGCUUUCAAAUGUUACUAAUAUUACUAGAGUAGAUAAUUUUACAAAGUAUGAUCCAGAAGACUGUUAUGAAGAAGUUAUUACCUCGGGAUAUCGCUUAGCACCCUCAGUGACAAAUAUUGUGUUAGCGAUAUUCUUUAUUAGUUUAUUGGGCGUUGGUAUGGGCCAGACAGCAGUAUAUACCUUAGGGAUACCUUACAUUGAUGAUAAUGUAGCUAGUAAAGAGUCACCAUUAUAUUUUGCCAUCACGAUUGGAGUUAGAAUACUGGGUCCAGCCCUGGGAUUUAUUGUUGGAUCGAUAUGUACCAGCAUUUAUGCAGAUCUAUCCGUGGACCCAAAAAUUGACUCUUCGGAUCCCAGAUGGGUAGGAGCGUGGUGGUUAGGGUUGGUUUUGAUUUCAUCACUACUUAUGUUGGCAUCAUUUGCUAUGUUUGCCUUUCCCAAACGACUCUCAGGUUCAAAACAGACUGAUAGAUUACGUUUUAGUGACAAAAAGCAUCCUAGUAUUAAAGAUUUUCCAAAGACAGUAAAAAGGCUGUUACACAAUGAUAUUCUUAUGUAUAGAACUGCCAGCAGUGUAUUACAUAUACUUCCAAUAGCUGGACUUUAUACGUUUUUACCUAAAUACCUAGAAACUCAAUUUAGACUGCCUACACCAUCAGCCAACAUGAUAUCAGGUGUUGGUGGAAUACUUGUGAUGGGACUGGGAAUUAUUAUAAGCGGAGUUUUUAUUUUAAGAGUUAAACCAAAUGCCAGAUUUGUUGCAGCAUGGAUUGCCUGUACUGCAGUCCUUUAUGCAAUAGGAAUGGGAAUACUCAUGUUCAUAGGGUGUCCGAUGAAUGACUUUUCUGGAAUUAUUGAUAAUGGAUUCGACACCAUGCAACUGAACUGCAAUCCAUCAUACUGUGAUUGUAACGAGAAUAAAUUUACACCAAUAUGCGGACAAGAUGGACAAACCUACCUCUCACCUUGUCACGCGGGUUGCCUAAAUUUUACCGGAACUGAUGGAAAGAUCUCGCAAUACAUAGAUUGCAUGUGUCUCAAUUUAUCCUUGUCAAAUGACAAUUUCGGAGAUGAACGUGUUUAUGGCAAUGCAACCAUCGGAUACUGUAGUCAAGAUUGUGAUAGUUUUAUUCUAUAUAUUAUACUGUUUUCGUUUUUCGUUUUUAUACACUCGACGGGGGAAGUGGGGUCCAUGCUGCUUAUUUUACGAUGUGUGGACCCCAGGGACAAGGCUAUGGCGCUGGGGCUAAUCCAGUUUGCUAUAGGGCUUUUUGGCAACGUGCCUUGUCCGAUAGUUUAUGGUGCUGUUGUUGAUUCUGCUUGCCUCGUUUGGAAAAUGGCAUGUGGGGAAAAAGGGGCAUGUGGGCUCUAUGACUCAGAUGUCUUUAGAAUGUUUUAUCACGGAACGACUGGAGUUAUAUUGUUAUGUGCGUUUGUAGUCGACGUGGUAGUAUGGUACAAAGCUGUUAAAAUUAACUUCGUCGACGAGCAAUCCACACAUGAAGAGGAGCUUCCUACAAUUACAUAGAAAAGAGGAAGAAAUUUGCAGGAUUUUUUAGAGACUGCAGCAAAAUUUAAAGAGCUGUUAUAUGUUAAAUGAUUAACGUAGUCAGAACUCAGGUGCAAUUAAUGUGCUUCAAGUAAGUAAACUUUUCAGAGAAAACUAACAAAUCCACAAAAGUAUUUUUGGUGUAACGUGUUUUAACUAAAUUGUAGUCAAGAAAUAAAAUCUAGUUUAAAUGGCA